AGCUUCGAACUUCGCGUGCAGGGCGAGCCCCGGCGAAGCUGCCGCACAACUGCAUUUCCCAGCAGCAGCAGCUGUCUGGAGAGGGGGCGGGGGGGCAGCGCAAGGAGGAGAGGUUCAAAGCCCGUUUAAAAAGAAGCCUAAAAAAGAACACCCCCCCCCCCCGCAACAAGCCGGCCGUCCCCUCCUCUCCUCAGCGGAGAGCAACCCUGGGCCAGCAGCCGCGCCAGCAUCAUGUCUGUGUGGCUCAGCCUCCUCCUCGUGCUCCUCUGCAGCUGGAGCCUGAGCGACUUGGUGGCGGAGGCUUGUACCUGCCUCCCCAUCCACCCGCAGGAUGCCUUCUGCAACUCUGACAUCGUCAUCCGAGCCAAAGUGGUGGGGAAGAAGCUCAUGAAAGAUGGACCCUUUGGAACGAUGCGAUACACCGUCAAGCAGAUGAAGAUGUACAGGGGCUUUGACAAGAUGCCACAAGUUCAAUAUAUCUACACAGAAGCCUCAGAGAGUCUUUGUGGGGUCAAGCUAGAGGUCAACAAGUACCAGUAUCUGAUUACAGGCCGUGUGUAUGAAGGAAAGGUUUAUACUGGCCUGUGUAACUUGUAUGAGAAAUGGGACCGACUGACUCUGUCCCAGCGCAAAGGACUAAAUCAUCGUUACCACCUCGGUUGUGGCUGCAAGAUUAAGCCCUGCUACUACCUGCCCUGCUUCGUGACCUCCAAGAACGAGUGUCUUUGGACAGACAUGCUCUCCAACAUCGGUCAUUCAGGGUCCCAAUCAAAGCACUAUGCCUGCAUCCGACAGAAGGAAGGAUACUGCAGCUGGUACAGAGGAUGGGCGCCUCCUGAUAAAACUAUCAUCAACGCCACAGAUCCCUGAGCACAGUCCCUUCCCCAUUUCCUUUCCUCCCUCCCUUGUGGCUGAGCUUCUCUUGGACAAUAACUUCUACCAGAUCAUGAUGAUGACAAUGAAAUUAGUGCCUGUUUUCUUUCAAAUUUUAGCACUUCGAACACUUAAAAAAAAGAAAAAGUCUAUGCUGUCAUACUGAAUUUGUUUUUAAUCACCUUUUUCGAUUCUGAGAUCACCCAUUUCAGUCAGAUUAUAUUUGUCUGGGAACUUUCGUUUGCACACCGGAAAAAAAAAUUAUGGAGCCCUUGCUCUCUCUAUGUAUCAUUAUCUAUAGCAAUAUAAUCUAUAUUUUUUUAGGAAAACAAAAAUAUAAAAACUAUCCCAGUUCGGCACUAUAUCAUUCUUCCUUGCCCUGGCUUCCCCAAGCCCUCUUCACACACACACUGCACAAAUUAUGUAGACUGAAGCUAUUUGAAGGGGAAACUGGUUUAAUUAACUAGAUCAGUAAAUAAAACAAACAAACCCCUAUUCAAAUCGGGAAUUUUGGAAGUGUGAUUGGCUCCAGAAGUGGGAGAACUCAGUUGGUGUUAAGACACUGCAUCAUCUGGUAAAAGCACCAAGGACUGAAUGUCCUCCUUGCUCAUUCAGUCACAGUGUGAAGGCGAGAGCACACUGGAAGUUCUGGGGUUCCAUAGAACAUAAAGAGAGGUUUAUUAUUAUCAUAAGGUUUUUGAAAUAAAACCUGCAUUCAGGGAGGUAAUUCACCUAAGUACAAUGCAGCAGGUGAAAUGCUGAGCUUCUCUCUUUUAAACAGAGUUACUCCUGAAAUUUUUGCAGUUUAGCUCCUGCAGAAAAAUUCCCUUGUGAACAUCUUAAACCAAACAAAUGAAAAUUAUCAACACUAAAAAUCAAUCAAUCAAUCCCAUGGAGAGGGGGAAAGGGGAGACUCACUAGGGUUUACUGCUAUAAGAAAUCUAUUGCCAAAAUAGUGUUUAGCUGAAGUAAGAUGUAUAUACACAUAAUGACAUAAGCUAUUUUUGACAGGACGUGGAAUUAUUUGGUGUUAUAAACAAUGAAUGCUUUGAUUGUGUUUUAAAACAGAAAUCUUGACAUUCCGAGUCAGUGAUUUAUUUUUGGUAAAAGAUGUUGAAACUCCAGUGUACCUGCAGUAGUGGUUAGAAUCACUGUUUCGUGCCCUCUUCCCCAACCAUGGCUUACCUCCUACAGCUACACUGGCUGCAAUUGUAUAUGUAGUGAAAGCAAAAGCUGGCAGAGUGAGGCAAGGAAAAGCAACAUCUUGACAGGCACCUCCUAGAACUUUAAAUUUCAGCUGUCCAAUGGAUUCCAAGUGGGUCAAGUGCUCUGUUUCCCCCAAGCUGUUGUUAAUAUAGCUGUGGGCACACGCUUUUUCCACGUCCUGAGGCGACAUGGGGGAAGGGAUGGUCCUGGCUUCACUGUCGACUGGAGGAUUUUUUUGUUCUGUUUUGUUUUUAUUAAGAAAACUAUAAUAUAAAUUUUCUUAUUAAAUAAAAAUAUUUUAAGGUUUAAUGUUGAUGAGGAGGGGUUGCUGACAAAAUGGGUGACUGUAUAUUUUACCGAGUGUACGGGGGAGGAGGGCAACACUUAACAACAUUAUUUGUGUUUGUUUUUUAUUAUUAUAAUUAUUUAUCUUACAUAGACAUGUAUCUUCAGUUCAUUCCACUUAGGAAGCAGAGCUGCUGUCAGCAAGAAAAGGCAUUGCAGUCAUCCUAGACAGGGACAAUAUAGCAUUCUCUAUGCAGUGAUCUUUUCAAUUUGUUUGGAGCUUCUUCGCCAUUAUGAGACGGGGAAGAGUGUAUUCUAGUGUUGGGAUUGAUGCAUCAAUCGUUUUGGGGCUUCUUUGACUUCAGUGGAGCUAUGAUGAUUUACACCAGUUGAGGAUCUGGUCCAUUUAUUAGAAGACCCUUACAGCAGAAUGUAGGUGUUUGGCUUAAGUGGCAUUUUCACAGAAUCGUUUGGAUUAGAAAGAAACUUGGGUGGAAUAGUCAACAAUGCCUAACUGGUUUAGGAGAACCCAGCUCACUGAAAGUCAAUGGGGUUUGUGCCUAGGUGCACUUAAAAAUGCCACCCCUUGUCUCUACCCCUAAAUUAUGGACCUGAUCAUCAAAGGCAAUAAGCACCAUCAAUCCCUACUGAUAUCAGAGGGAGAUUAGGUUGCUUUUUAGGGUCAGGUGCUAUAUCAGGCUGCUUCCCUUUUCAGCUGGGCAUCAUCAAGUUGGGCCGUAAGCACAGGGGACCAAUUUCUGCUCUGUUCCAUCUGUGCAACUGCAGUGCAGUCACAGGUGUAACAAAGUAGAACUUUCUUAUGCGUCUCUAGCAAUGAUAAUUCCACCAGUAAACUUCACAACUUGUGGAGUGACCAUCACUGGAGCUAACCAAGGCCUGACCCAACUACCAUUCGAUCAAAGGUUCUUUAGCAAUCAUUAAAUCAUUGAGCACAGCCAUUUCUCCGAGCUUUGGAAGGCGAGAUGAAGCUUGUCAUGCAAUGAGUUGUCAGGCGUUGAUUUGGAUUUCCAUUAAACUGUGGCUCUGUAUUUUACCUGCUCACUGACUGUAUAAUUUAAAAUCAUAUAAAUAGCUGAAACAUUACAGUAUUGCAAUCACAUUAUUGUGAAAAUCUUUAUUUUGUUGCUACAAAGAUGUGUGUUCCUAGGUGGGCUGUAAUGUAUCAACGCGCUUUGUAAACAAACAAACAACAAAAACCCCAACGCUGCUACCAACAGAGUUAUUUUCCUAUCCAGAUUUCCAUUUUAUAUUGCAGAGGGUAAAAAUAUGUUUGACAUGCAGACAGCUAGAGUGGUAAAGGCGGGGGCUUGGAAAGCAACCCUCUCCCUUGCCAAAUAAAGAUGCAGCCAUAGAAGCUUUUUAAAAUGUAGAACCAAAUAGAGGGAAAGAGUAAGGGGGAAGAAACCAGCACAAAAUACAUUUCUUUUAGGAGGCUUUGAGGUUUUUUUAAAUGAAUACUAUCAGGGACAGAUAUUUUGUGGACGAAGCUUGCCCUUGCAUUAUAAGGGUCUUGUCCAAAGCCCAUUGGAAUCAAUGGGUGUUUUUCCAUUGACUUAAAUGGGCUUUGGGGUCAGGCACCUAAAUUUCUGCCUCACUAUCUACUCUUCCCUUGCCUCACUGAAGAUCACUGCAGCCUGCUAAGGCACAACUCCCUCCUUCUAGAUUACAACAGGCCUUGCAGUAUGUAAGCACUCUGUCUGGAGGACAGGAGUGAAGCUCCCGUCAGGGUGUUGUUUUCCCAGGUUAGCGUGGGUUGCCGUUGCAUAAAUCUCUUGCUGCUUCCCCUUUGUUGCGAAAGUUGAAACGUGGUCUCUAACAUCCCUACCAGCCAUGCUCUGUGCUGAAAGGGACACUGUCAAUGGGACUACUUACAUCUGUGUCCGCAUGAUCAGGGCCUUAGUUUUUAACAAACACACUUUUACUAGGUUUUAAAUAAAUCAAUAUUAUUAAAACUCCAUUUUUACAAACCUAAUUCACUUUUCUAGACUAUUUUUGCAGUUUCCUUAUUUCCAUUUUGUUUUCUUGCUUCUCUGAGCUUGGAUAACAGAUCCGUCAGUUUCACUUUCAAAUCCAAUUUCACUUUCCAGUUCUCAUCACAAGCACAGUACUGGAAUGUUUCGACUGCCAACUCUGCUUGGGGGCUCUUGGUUUCUUUAAAAAUUGUUUCCUUUUAAAGUUGGGAGGGGGGUGUUCUCCCCUCCCCAUUUUUUUUCUUUAGGGAAAAGGGUGAGGGGAAUUAUCUGUAUGUGGAAUUUCCUGUGCAGAGUCCCACUGAAGUCAAUAGGGCUCUGUGCAGACAGAGCACUCCACCAACACAGUGUAAACUGCAGGAUCAGGGCCUAAUUUUGGUGUGCCAAACAUGACCCUCGUCUACACUUUGAACUGGGGUGUAAUUCCCCACUGGAGUAGACAAACCCACUCUAGUUCUGAUUGGCGCACCACUGGAGGUACAGGUUAGUCACUCCAAGUACAGUACGUGUCUAGUGUCUCAGAGGGAUGCUACUUGGCAGCUAGCCCCUCCUGCCACUCCGGCUACACUCUGUUAUUAGCACAUUAGUACUUGCAACCCUAGGUCAGAGUGUAGAUAUACCCUUAAUAUGUCUGACUCAUCAAUGUAGACCUUCCACUCUCACCAGUGGGGAAAAAUGCUAUCUCAGGGUGCCCAUGAACACACCACUUUAUAAGAACUCAAAGUGAAGGCACAAGGAAGAAAGAGUUCCCAUUGUUUCACAGGACUUGCCAGGUAUAUUUCUUCAACUUUUUUCAAAAUAUUCUAAGUCUAUGAAUCCUUUGUAUUUUGGAAGGGAGUGACAAAAUUCAAAGGAUGGUGCAAACUUUUUUUUUUUUUUUCCAUGCAGGUCAAAGUUUUCUGUCCACCAAAUCUUGACAAAAUCCUUAAAAAAAAAAAAAAAAAUCCACUAAGCCUAUGUUGCUGCUUUUGUUGUAGUGGCUUAAUCAGUAUCUCAGUCACUCCCUUUUCUUCACUGAGCCCCUCUGCUGUUCCUGGUAGUCACAGAAAUUUGGGGAAAGGAAACGAAGCCUGGGAGAAAAUUUUAUCCAGAAGAAAUAUAUUUGUUGCUAAAUUCUGUAACACUAGUUUACAGUUUUCCUCCAUGCUAUUUAUAAAUUUUAUACUCAAUGUAUACUGUUUUUAAGGUAAUACCGCAUAAUGUUCAAUUUUUAUUGUGUCCUUUUCUUCUAAGCAGUAAAGUGGUUUUAUUUCUAUCACAGA